UGAACAGGAUGUGAUAAGAUAAAAGAAAAUGUGUUUUUACCGACUAACAAAUCAGAGAUUAUUUGGCUUGGCAUUUUGCUACGAAAACAUUGAAUGGAUUUGCUCGAGCAUUUGGUAGAUUAAUUAAGCGGAUCACCCAGAUCGGAUUCUGAGCUGCCAAAUAGCAUCCAAAAAAUGCUACUCGAGCCUCGACGUCAUAAAUAUGUAUGGCGCAGCGUUCCUGUAGGUAUAAGACCGUGAUGUUUGCAGACGUGACCAGUUUCUAGAAUUACAACUAGAGAUCGCUAGCAGUCGGAUAUCCUUGAAAUUACGGUAUCACAAUGUAAUUACGAUACACAAUCCUUAGAGAAUUGCUUUAAGUCGGAAUCACAGGCAUCUAAAGAGAACUAGUUACCGAUAAAUCGCGCUAUCCUCGGAAACUUGUUGAUUAUUCCCAACAACAUAUGUAUAAAUAUAUGUAUAUGUAUGCCAAACACGAGGUAUCGUUUGGCGGGCCCAGCACUGUGCAGUGGGUACAGUAGCUUUGCACAUUCUAAUUUUGCAUCGAAAUAUAUUUUACAUUGGUCAGUAACAAUCAAACUGGGUUCUACUAAGGAUUCUACAUUGCCCGUCAACCUGCGAUGGCCAUGUUAAAUGAAAGCUGUGACUUAAAAACUGUAGAUUCUUUGAUUGAAGAUAACUUUUUAUCUGCGCUUCAUACACUCAAGUUCACCACCUCUGCCAAAGAUGCUUUUGAAACAGUUACAGCUGAACGUAGGUGCCUGGCUGCUAAGUACCUGGGUGCUAAGACAUUUGACAGUGAUGAUAUGGCCAACCUUUUGCUGAAAAAUAGUCUGGAAGCCUACCAUCGACUUAUAGAUGAUAAGGCAGGAAUAAACAAUUAUUGGUCGCAGAUUGAAACCUUGAGAAGUAACAAAUCUGAGAAAAAUGUGAAUUGGAAAUCUGGACUUGAAGAUCCAAAGGCUGCUCUGCAAUUUGUAAAACCUUUGGUGUGUAGGGAAGAUAAUUUGCUAGAUUGCAAAAGCAAUGAGUUUACUGAUCGGCAUGUUAAGGAUAUUCUUGAUAUUUGGAAUACCAAGGAUCUAGUUUCAAGGAAUCGAAAAGUACCAGCUCAGGUUCUCCCCAAAAGCUGUAGAAAAAUCGGAAGUUUUAUUGCCUCCAAGCAGCAAAGUUUCAAAUAUGAAAAAAGCGGCUCUUAUACUGAUAGUAAAAACCAGAUUGGAUCCUGUAAAGUCGAGGAUUACCCGAAACAGGAUACUAAUGAUGUUUUGAGUUUACCAAAUUCUUCCAACAGAGAUAAUCAACAUCAGUCUUCAUAUUUUACAAAUAAAUUGAAUUUCAGUGCACUCAAUCAGAAUACAAAUCUCACCAAGAAAAAUUACAAUGCUUAUAAUGAGCCAGAAUUUCAGCAUGAUAAUCACUCAGCUUAUUCCAGGCAUGAAACUGCAACCAAUUCAAGUCAGGAUGAAGUAGAUGAAAAAUGUUAUAAAAAGGGAAAUCCUCAGUCAUUUAGGACCGCUAAAGAAGAACUUCACAUACAACAGUUGAAAAAGAACAAGGUCUUACCUCAAAAAAAAACCUUGGGUGGCAAACGACCUGUCAACAGUCAAUUUAUUUGCCCAAUUAAGCGAAAGGAAGAAGAAGAUGAAGCAAAUAAGAGUAAUGGCGGAAGUCAAGAAACGAAUGACUGUGAAGAUGAGAGGCUGAGAAACAUUGAUCCAAAGAUGGUGGAAUUAAUAAAAAACGACAUUAUGGACUCGGGUGCAACUGUUUCUUGGGAUGAUAUUGCAGGGCUGGAGUUUGCUAAAAACACCAUUAAAGAAAUCGUUGUUUUCCCUCUACUAAGACCUGACAUCUUUACAGGAUUGCGCCGACCUCCCAAGGGCAUUUUACUUUUCGGACCACCUGGAACAGGUAAAACGCUAAUAGGAAAAUGCAUAGCCUCUCAAAGCAAGUCAACUUUUUUCUCAAUUUCGGCAAGUUCAUUAACAUCUAAAUGGAUAGGAGAAGGAGAAAAGAUGGUCCGAGCUUUAUUUGCUGUUGCAAGGGUUUAUCAACCUUCAGUUGUCUUCAUAGACGAGAUAGAUUCUCUGCUGACUCAACGAUCAGAGACAGAGCACGAAAGUUCUAGACGAAUGAAGACUGAAUUUUUGGUACAAUUGGAUGGCGCAGCAACAGCGGAAGAAGACCGUAUUUUGGUAAUUGGUGCUACGAAUAGACCUCAGGAGCUGGAUGAGGCUGCUCGCAGAAGAUUGGUUAAACGUUUGUACGUUCCUUUACCAGAAUUUGGUGCCAGAAGUCAGAUAAUCAAAAAUCUACUACACUCCGAGCGGCAUAACUUAACGCUUGACGAUAUAUCAGAAAUUGCGAGACUUUCGGAAGGAUAUUCUGGAGCUGACAUGACUAAUCUUUGCAAAGAAGCCAGUAUGGGGCCGAUCAGAAGUAUACCGUUUCAUCAGUUGGAAAACAUUCGAGAGGAUGAUGUUCGAGGAGUAACUGCAGACGAUUUUAAAAAUGCGCUAAGCUAUGUUAAAUCUAGUGUCUCACAAUCGGAUUUGACUGCAUAUGUAAAGUGGGAUCAGACUUAUGGAACGGGUACAGCACAAAAGUACAAAUCGUAACGUAUGUAUGAAAACCACACUCAGAGCAACUGAAAAUUGAGUCAAUGAAAUUCUUGUACUCUUGGGUUAACGAUAAGUAAUAAAACGUUUCUUGUCAUACUCUGUUUACUCAUAUAUUUACUUAAUUGUUUAUUCUUAAUUAGACUGCAAAUAACGUGUGAUAUGUACGUAAUAAAUAUGAUCAUAAAUAGCUAAAAUACAAUAUGAUCGAAAAUAUCAUCAAUCAGUAGAUAUGCAGUAAAUUCCAUUUGAUGUUAUGAUCUGUUCUUAUAAUCCAAGUUCCAUGACAUAAAAUCAAAUUCGUAUUAUGAAGUAACUUUCAAAUUAUUUAAAUUAUGGGAGUCCUAUUCGUUUCAGGACGUGGUAUAUCAAUAAAAUCGCACAAGUUCUAUGUUUGGGAAUUUGUUGAAGAUUUUUUAGUGCUCAAUUUUACGAAAAAAAAAGAACUUAACGUAUUAAAUAUCUAGACAAUUAUAAAUCAUGAGAUGUAGGAGUAACGUAAGUGAAUCUUCAGGAGUAUCAAA